CCGCUCGCUGGCCCCAAAAAACCCAGCAAGCAAGCAAGCUCCUCCUCCCCUCGGAUUGUUGUCUCUCUCGGUCACGUUCACGCCCACGCGCCCGCACACCGCACCGGAUAGAUGACGAUGGAUGGAUGUAUGGAGGCGCCCCCUCCUCAACCCCCCUUCCCCUUCCCGUGGCCUGAGCCCUCACCACGACACGCGCUUCUCCUCUCCGUCUAGAUCUACCUUCCCCCCUCCCCACCCUCCGCCGCCCCCCUGGAUUCCCCGCCUCCCGCCGCCAACCCUCGCUGGGUCCUCGGCCUCUCCUGCGCCAUGGACGCCGCCGCCGGCGGCGGGGACGCGCGCCUGCCCAGGAACAAGGGCAAGACGAAGCGGGCCCCGGCGGCGGCGCCGCCGCCUCCCGCGGAGAGGGAGGCCAGGGGAAGGGACCGCUUCGAGGCGCUCUGGCACGACUACCACGAUUUGCUCCAGGAAACCGAGGCCAAGAAGCGGAGGCUGGAGAGGAUGCACCGGCGGAAGCUUGGGCUGCUCGCUGAAGUCAAGUUCUUGCGGAAGAAGUUCAGCUCGUUUGUCAACGACGAUCCGCAGCAAACACACUACAGUCUGAAGAACAAAAAGGCUCGGCAGCAGAUUCCGUCUACCCUGGGAAUGAAUGAAGGGCCGUCUACCAGCAAGGGCGCAAAUAUGGACUCGAAUCAGGAUUCUGCAAUGAAUGGGGUGGGAGCUGGACGCCAGGGCUACCAGGACCAUUCAGAACCUGGGAGGCAUGAUCUGGCCGGGGUAGAUGAAGAUAUGAUGAUGAACUCCAAUGUCAACUUAUCAGGUUAUAGGGAUACAGGAAACUCUCCAGCCACUGAUGAUAAGAGGGCAACCGCAUGGCAAGACAGAGUAGCUUUAAAGAUCUAGUCCCGCCGUAGGCCUGGCUAUGGAAUGGCAUCCUUUUUUCUGAUGAUGAUUGGACUGCGCCCCGCUUAGUUUGUCAAAUAUUCUGCAGGGCCUUGUAAAUGAAUAAUUGAAGAGGAUAGGCAUAGCCCAGAGAUAGUUCGACACACUUACAGACAGACAAGAUCGGUCUUAUUACAAUGCUAUGAAACAUUAACCCUAGAUUUUGAGUUA